GUUGUGAGCAGGAGGCAUAUUUUCUCAACUUCCCCCUCCUCUCCUUUCCCGUUCAGUCAAUGGGGAUGGGAUGUACGAACACAACAGGAGGGAAGAAAGCGCCCUCCCUCGUAUUAAAUGGGUGCACAGCCAGCGAGCAAGACUUCAGUAAAAAUGUGAGACAAAGUGUUGGGGAGAGAGAUCUGAAUGUUGCUUACUUUCUCUCCAUCGGCUCUGCUUCCAGACAGAAACUAUGGAACAUUUCCUCCUCCUUCUGAUAGCUGUGCGCAGUGUGGCAACAACUUCCCGACCACUGGAGUUCCAUCCUUGCCAGACGGUCGAGUCAGAAGCAUUAUGCCAGAAUAGAGACCUUAACAUAAUCCCCACAGGUCUCCCUUUCGACAUAUGGAAACUGGAUUUAUCUGUUAAUCGCAUUAAGAGGCUGACAAUGGAGAAUCUGACUCUCUACCACUUCAUUCAGUACCUGGAUUUACAAUCCAACCGCCUGGAGUUUAUCCAACCAGGGACCUUUGCCAGCCUGUCUCACCUGGAGGUGCUUAACCUCGCAAACAACCUCUUGGAUCUCAGUAAAUAUGGCCUCGGUAGGUUACCGCAUGUGAAAAGGCUGGAGCUAUCGGGUAACAGUUUGUACACUGACGUGGUUGAGGAUUUUCUGAAAGAGGCCCCCUUGCUCGAGGAGCUGUCCUUGGCUAGGAACAGCAUCACCAAACUCUCGGACCACACCUUCCGAGGGUCCCCCUCUUUGACCCACGUAAACCUACAGCACAACAUCAUCAUUGAGAUUGAGUCGGGGGCGUUUCAGUCGCUCUCCAAUCUGUCUGUGCUUGAUCUGGCCAUGAACUCCAUACCCUGUAUCUCUGACUUCGACCUCAAGCAACUUCAGGUGCUGAACUUGAGCAAAAACAGCAUUGAACACUUCCUCAUGGCUGAAUCGGAGGAGGAGUACUCUCUGCAAUGGUUGGAUCUCAGUGACAAUAAUUUGCUCUAUUUUCCCCUCUUUCCCAAAAGGAACCGCCUCCAGCACCUCGACCUCUCACGGAAUUCACUUCAAGGGCUGUCCCUACCGCCCUCCCACCUGGAAGGGAGCCUCAAUCGGAAUUUGCAGACAAACGUGACCAAGUCCUCUCUCUCACUGCACUUGACUGAAUUGGUCUACUUGGAUUUGAGCUACAAUGAGAUAACCUCCAUCCCAUGGGAAUUCUUCCGAAACAUGAACUCCUUGCGGUUCCUCAACCUCAGCAGGAACUGCCUGCACAGUUUCGUCAUCGGUGAGGCCAACAUGCUGAACUCGCUGGUCAACCUCGACUUGAGUUCCAACGCGUUACUGAACCUUUCACUGGCUUGGGGCAGCCUCAGCUUCCUGGAACACUUGCACCUUCAAGACAACCAUCUACAGAACCUACCUUCCAAUACCUUCAGGGGCCUGACCAGGAUUCGGAUCAUUAGCCUUCAUAACAACAAUGUCAACAUUUGUUGGGGCACCCGUUGGCCUGAGGACCAUGAGAAUGGGUGCACAAGUUUCUCCCGAAUCAAUACACUCGGGUAUUUAUAUCUAUGCAACAACAACAUUAAGCACUUGCCUCCUCAUGCUUUUCAUCAAACUCCUCUUGUGGAGUUGGACCUGUCCUUGAAUCCUGGAAUGAGCAUUCAUCCUGAGGCUCUAUCUGAUCUGGAGGCUUCAUUGACCAACUUGUCUUUGAAAGGCAACAGGCUUCUCUCGUUGGGCGUGAACCUGUCACGUUUUUCCAAUCUCCGGACGCUGGAUGUGUCUGAGAACCAGUUGACUGAGCUUGCCAUCUCCAGCAGGAGCUUGUCGCUAGAAACCGUGGAUCUGCGCAACAAUCAGUUCAGUACCUUGCAGCAAACCUCCAUGGAGCUGCUGAACGGGACCCUACGUACCCUGCUGCUCUCUGGCAAUCCAUUUGACUGCUGCCGGUCGACUGAGGUCCGGUGGCUGACCUGGGUCGAUGUCCCAGACAAACGGUCAGUGCUGUGCCAUUACCAGACCAAAGAUGGAUACUCGCAAGCGCAAUUGUUUAGCCCACGGCCCAGCCUCUGCCAAGAGGGCACACGAGACUGGACGACAUGGAGUCUCUUGUUGCUGAUACUGAUGAUUGUAAUAUUUCUCACCAUUGUCGUAGCUCUGGGUUGCUGCCUGACACGGAGGCAGAAGGUCAAAGGGAUAUUCUUGCACCAUGUAAAAGCCUAGGCAAUGGGCUUGCUCUUUUCUUGGUCAAUGUUUAAAUGAAGCGAAGUGAGGAGAAUAAACAUUUUAUAUAAUCUGCGUAUCAGAUGGCCAACACAACCAAAGGGGUUUCGUAAAGAAGGCCAGGCAUUUUGCACUGGCUUUUCCCAUCUUUUGAAAGUUGGUCUUCUCCUCAAACCAAGGGGUUCGCAGUAUCCAGCAAUUCACAGAAGCUCCCCACCCCACCCCAAGUAAAUCAAUUUCAGACUAGAUCGCUGACACUAGAUUACUUCCCUCACCGAGUGAUUAUGAGGACAGUGGCCUUAAAAGGUAGGAUAACCAUGGAUCCAUCUUACGACUGUAAGGUCUGUAGUCUGCCCCAACGGCUCAUGAUUAACGGCACAGUUGAUCAGGUAGUACAUUAUGGUGGAAGCGAGUUCAAUAAUAAUUUUAGUACAAUCGUAACAAAUGAAGGAAAAAUGUUUACAGCGCUACAUGGAAAGGGUAGGAUUGCAUCACUUGCAUCAAACUUUCUGGGAGGUGUCACAGGCCCAAGGACCCAAAUGGCCUCCUUUUGGUAGUUUCUCAUUUUGCAUAAAACCGGUUCACCCAUCCUCAUUGUUUUUAAAAACUCUGUUAAGAGAGAACUGUUUGAGUUGAUGAUGGGCUUAUAGACUGGAUUAGAGUAGAGGGUCUUGAGUCUAGAUCAGAAUGGCGCUGGAAAAGCACAGCGGGCUAGGCAGCAUCCGAGGAGCAGGAAAAUCAACAUUUCAGGCAAAAGCCCUUCUUCAGGAAGGUCCUGAAUUCAGUCUGCAACAAACUCAAAAGUCUAAAUUUCCUAUUCAGUUUUCAAGGCUUUGUGAGGUGGAGAAAAACAAAUCUUUUGCUCUGGAUCACUAUUCAACAAGCAGGAGGGAAUGGGAUUUGCAGACUGGGUUAGGUGACUAAGGGGUUGCGUAUGUUCAUAUGUUGUGUAAGAUACCAAUUGCGCCAAAUGGCCUUGUUCUCUGUUGUGCAUUCUCUCCCCUUCUGUCUCUUUUUGGAAGUGCCACUGUUGAUAACAAUCAGCUGGUGAUACCACCCCACUGUCAAAUUACCAAGCAAUUCCUGACACCUAGGCUCUGUCGGUAGUCCCCACAUUCACAGAUGCCAAUUCGAUUCAUUCCAUGCGAUAGCAUGAAACAGUUUAAAGCACUGCAGAGUCACCUUGAAGAACAUUUCAGCAAUAGUACAGAAGCCUUGUCCUCCAGAACCUGCUGCACCUCUGGAUGAGCUGUUCCAGUACAGCCACAACAUUGGCAUCUACCAGCUACUGUCCAAUAUGUCCUGUCCACAAAAAGCAAGGUAAACCCAACUUGGCCAAUUACCAAAACAUCACUGUACUCUCAAUUAUUAGUAAAAUAAUGGAAGGUGUCAGUUACAGUGCUGUAAAGUGACAGGAGGUCCUCAGGGUAGUGUCCUAGGCCCAACCAUCUUCAGCUGCUUCAUCAAUGACCUUCCCUCCAUAAUAAGGUCAGAAAUGGGAUGUUAGUUGAUUUGCGUAAUAUUCAGUACCAUUUGAAACUGCUGAGAUACUGAAGCAUUACAUGUUCAAUUGCAGCAAGACUUGGACAAUAUCCAGGCUUGGGCAGACAAGUGGCAACCAGACUCCACACAUGCCAGGCAAUUACUAUUUCCAGUGAGAGACAAUCUAGCCAUUGUAUCUUGACAUGAGUGUCAUGACCAUCACUGAAUUUCCCACUAUCAACAUCUUGGGGGUUACCAUUGACCAGAAACUGGACUGGGCUAGCCAUAUAAAUACAGUGGCUGCAAAGGUUAAGAAUCCUGCAGCAAGCAACUCACCUCCCAACUUCCCAAAACCUGUCCACCAUCCACAAGGCACAAGUCAGAGUGUGAUGGAAUAUUUCCCACCUUGCCUGGAUGGGGGCAGCUCCAACAAUACUCAAGAAGCUUGACACCUUCCAGGACAAAGCAGCCCCCGCUUGAUUGGCACCACAUCCACCACCUUCUAUAUCCACUUCCCUCACUGCCACUGAUGCAAACUUUCAGCAGUUUGUACCAUCUGCAAUGACUCACCGAUGCUCCUCAGACAGCACCAUCAAACCCAUGACUUCAAUCAUCUAGAAGGACAAAGGCAGCAGAUUGGUGGGAGCUCUACCAGCAUCACGUUCCCCUCCAAAUCACGCCAUUCUGAUUUCGAAAUGUAUCGCUGCUCCUUCAGUAUCACUGGGUCGACAUCCUGGACCUCCCUCCCUAACAUGGGUUCCCACACCCCACAGGACAAUUGGAGUUCGGCAGCAAAUAUUAAAAUGUAAAAGAUUCCUCAGGGGAAUCUUGUUGUUUCCCAUGUGGGAGAGUGUAGGACCAAAGAGUGUAAUCUCAGAAUAAGGAAUUGCACAUUUAUGAUAGAGAUGAGGAGGCAUCUGUUCUCUCUGAGGGGAGUGAACCUGUGGAAUUUUUUACCACAGAGUGCUGGGUCAUCAAGUAUAUUCAAAGCUGAGAUAGACAUUUUUAAUCAGGAAGGGAACCAAGGGUCAUGGGGAAAAGGCAGGAAAGUGGAGUUGAGGGUUAUCAGCCAUGAUCUCAGUGAAUGGUGGAGCCGACUCGAUGGGCUGAAUGCCUAAUUCUGAUCCUAAAUCAUAUCGUCUUAAAUCCAUAUCCCAUGAAUAAAUCUUAAAAAUCAUUUAGAUUACAUAACAACAGGGUAGUAGCAGCUUUGGGAUUGUAUUACUAAAUGAGUAAUCCCCAGAAGCCUGGCCUAAUUAUCCAGGGACAAAAGUUCCAGUCCCUCUAUGGAUGUUGGCACAUUUCAGUUCAGUUCAUUAAAUAUAUCUCACAAAGCUAAGGUCGAAAAUGGUGACCAUAUAAUUGCGAGAUUGUAAUUUAAAAACCCACCUGAAUCAUUAAUGUCAUUCAGGGGUGGAAAUCUGUCAUCCUUCCCUGGCCAGGCCUAUAUGUGACUCCCAACCCAAUACAGUGACAUUGACAUUCUCCAAAAUGGCUGCAGCAAGCUUCUCAGUUGUGACUCAUUGCAGCCUUCUCAAGGGCAAUUAGAGAUGGACAAUGAACACUGAUCUUUAAACAAACAAAUUGGCUUAGUUAAUCUGUGGUGAAAAUGUGUUGCUGGAAAAGCGCAGCAGGUCAGGCAGCAUCCAAGGAGCAGGAGAAUCGACGUUUUGGUCAUGAGCCCUUCUUCAGGAAUGAGGAAAGUGUGUCCAGCAGGCUAAAAUAAAAGGUUAAUCUGCCCUUAGUUAAUCUGUGCCAGAAAAGGUACAGUUUCCUACUCACCCCCACCUUGUUUUCCUUUCACUUGGUGGCACAGACAAUUGAUGGCUUUGGAUGUGUAACUGUGUAAUACAAUACAUACAGCAAACCAGGUUGGAGAAGUGGAAGAAGCUGGGAAGUGAUUAAUCAUGAUAGCAAUGGUUUGUAUGAUUCCAUCUUUGAGUUUGAGGAAGAUAUGGAGCCCCAUGGAUUUCGGGUGCUGGGAAAAGGUUAUCGGAGAUGGAAUUUGGAACAAUACACCUUGAUGUGUUUGGAUAACAUAGUGAACAAUGGGAGGGUGAGCAUUCGUGCAUUCCACAAAUGCUGGUGCUUCUCACAAAUGGGAGUAGAAGGAAGCCAUUCAGCUCAUUGAGUCUAUUCUGCCAUUCUAUUUGCUUGUAGCCGAUCCAUAUACUCACCUCUGUUCCAUAACUCCUAUUAGCCUUGGCUAACAAAAAUCUAUUAAUCCCCUUCCCAAGCCAACUAUCCAAUGUAAUCUGGAUAUAGUCAAGAUAUAGUCACAUAGUCAUACCAUGUAAAGAAGAUUGGUGGUGUUCAAGAUGGGUGUAAAAUGAAAAUUCUGUUCAUUGACUAGACUGGUGUUUUGUGUAAGUGAUUUUGUUUUAACAUGAUUGUUUGUAAUGAAGAGUAUUUCUGUAAUGUAUUAUAGAUAGGUAUACAGUAUAUAUAUAUUUAAGCAAGUGUCAAUGUUUCUAUUAAGACAGUUUUACCAAUUCAUCUUUUAAGACCACCCUCAAAAGGACACCAUUGUUGUGUGUCUUUGUAACAAUUGACCGAUAGAAGGGCUGAACUAAAGAGGUCAGAGAGCAGACAAUACAGAGAAUGGAAAGUGAGGAAGAACUCAGAAUGGGGGCGUAACUGAGAUGCUCUUGCAGAGAGCUUGUGUAGGCAUGAUGGGCCAAACAGCCUCUUUCAGGGCUGUAAUAAUUCAAUAUAACAUCCAUGGGGCAUCCCAACGUGUUUCAGAAAUUCAGUGGAGUACUUCUCAAACUGGAGUGUGUAUUAUAAAAUUGCCAACUGUGAAAUGAAGGCAACUUGCGGCCUACAGGCUGCUCUCUCAUUGAAAGGGAAUGACUAUUAGUGAGUUUAAUCGGAAAGCCACAAUGUAAGGGGUGGGGUUGAGAAGGCAGCGUCUUCACGGGGUGAUCUUAACCAGUAUGGGAAUAGAACCCACACUAUUGGUCUUGCCUUGCAUCAGGAACCAGCUGUUCAGCCAACUGAGUGGCCGAGCCCCAAGUCAAUUUGCACUUGACUUGGAGUCAUCGAGCCAUAUAGCAGGAAACAGACCCUUCGGUCCAACCAGUCCAUGCUUACCAUAAUCCCAAACUAAACUAGUCUCAUCUGCCUGCUCCUGGUCCAUAUCUCUCCAAACCUUUCCUAUUCAUGUACCUAUAUAAAUGUCUUUUAAACGUAGCAAUUCUGCCCACAUCCACCACUUCCUCAGGAAGUUCAUUCCAAUAACAAGUGGCAAUAACAAGUAGCAAUGUGACAAAUGCCUAGCUCAUCCAAUUUGUCUUUUAGUGGGACCGAAUGAGGAUUCUGGGACAAAAAUCCCCUGAUUCACUUUGGAGGAAUGUGUGAUUUUUCCUCCCCAUUUGAGAAGACAGCCACGGCGUCAAUUAACAUGUCAUCCAAUACGCACCUCUGACAGUGCAGCACUCUCUGAGUGUGGUGGGCUUGGUUUUUGUGCCUGAACCUCCAGAAAUGGGGCUUGACUCCUCAAUCUUCUGACUCCCAGCCCCAACUCAGUAAUACUGGGAAGCUCAGUUGCAAAGCCAAGCUAUUUCUCCUUCCUAAACCUCUGACUCAAAGAUGAGAGUGCUGCCACUCGUGACAUCAGACACACAGCUUAUGGCCCAUGGCAGUGGCCAUUCAGGAGAGUAAAGCUUGGAAAUUCCACUCUUUUUUUAUGCUGCAUACAUUGAUGUUCCUUGUCUCAGAACAACUUCUUGCACUCUGGGUGUGAUGAAUGAAUGACCGAAAGCUUGGACUUUGAACAAGACCACAGUUCUGUACUAUCAAGCAAUUGCUUAAUUCUGCUGGUAUUGUAUAGAUUUUCAAUCAAUCUGUUCAGAUAUGUCACCUCUGGACAGUUGGGACUGGAUCCUGGGUCCCCCUGAUCCAGACCAAACUUGUCAGAGAGAGCAAUCUGACACUGUGUCAAAGCACUCACAUGAUGACAUUGACUGUAAUCACUCUACCCUUCUGUGAAGUUCCUGUGACUCUCGCAGUGUAAAGGUUAAUACCUUAUUUUAAACUGUGAUUAAUGAAGAAAUAAAAGUCAAAUGCUAUUUUCUGUUA